AUGGGAACAAGCAUGAUCGCCGGGCCAUUUGGUGCCUGGAUGUUACGGCGUUUUUCGUGGCAUUCCGUCUUCUUGCUUGAGUCUGCCCUCACUGUCGUCGGAAUUGGCUUGGUGCUCUUCUCCUUUGCAGUCAUCAGCUCGAGACCGGAGUACUCACAUUCACCUUUGCUCGAAAAGGGCCACUCCCGGAUGCCGCGCAUCGACCUGGAAGGCUGGGUUCUGCUCCUGUUGGCGGUGGCCAUCCCGCUUGUUGCCGUGACGCUCGGGGACAACUUCCUCGACUGGGCACAUCCGAUUGAGAUCACACUCCUGAUCUGCAGUCCACUGUUUAUCUCCUUCUUCGUGCUGUUCGAGGCCAAGGUAGCCCGUGUUCCCAUAGUGAACAUGCAGCCAGUUUUCGAAGCCAAGUACCUGAGGGUUUUGUUCCAGGUCUUUGGCGUGAUUAUGAUCCUUAACAGUGUUCGACUAACUCAACCUUUGAGAGAAACUUCAUCACGCUGA